UCCCGAUUAAUCAUCGAGUCUUCAUUAAUCUAUACUUUGUAUGUACAUCAUCGUUGAAAGACAUUAUCGAUGAAAAAUCGACUCACCACAUAGGAGGGUUCGGCUCCUACUUUAGUUUUCCUUUGAACUCUUGUACACCGCUUUGCUAAAUUAAAAGGAAACACUGUAUAAACCUGCGUCGGGACGCUUGGUUAUUCUCGUUAAUGUGAUAAGAAAUGGUCACAAUUUGAUGGUGGACUUUUAAACGGAAUAUUUUAAUAAACUUCCGAGCCACGGAGAUCCACGGCCAUUUUAGUCGCACGCAACUCACUGAACACACCACGCCUGGAAGUGACGUAACCAGACGUAACCGGCUGGAGAUGCCUGGAGCGACGUCAACCGUGUACUUAGACUUCCGGCAGUUCUUCCGGGAUUCUCUCAGUAUCUUCUUGGCUAGGGUACUAGGUUGACUGCUUGAUGACCGAACAUAAAGAUGGCACGUUCGCGUGGAGUCUUUGAGAUUAUCUUUAAAAAUUUUGUGAACUCCAUUAAACCUGAGGUCAGACCUAGAAAAUUUAUGGGAGAGGAUUACUUUGGCACAAAGUAUUAUGAGAGACCGCGUGCUAGUGUAUCCACAAGGAUGAGAGCGGAACGUUUCUUUGUUCCUGUGGUAAAGGAGGAUCACGAACAGGAAAUACCACCUGAGUGGAUGGCCUGGCUUAGAUUUCGGAGAAGGGACCCUCCAACGGAAGAGGAAGUCAAAAAGAAUUACAUAGCAAUGCUUACAGUUCAAAAGAAAGCUGCUGAGCUUGAAGCACUGGAAACUCCCGUGCAAACACUACCUGAAAAGUCGGCAAUUCAAAAGGUAGAAGAGAAUAGUAAUGGUCCGAUACAAUAUCCAGUACAUGAUGAAUACAAAGACUGUGGCAGUAACUACCAAGUAAAAAUAAAAAAGUAACAUAUAUUCUGUUAGAAUAAAAAUAUUUUGUAGAGUUGAAAUGAUGCCUGUCCCGCUACUGUUUGUAUAUAUUGCAAUCCAAAGAUAUCUAAGAAUAUAUUGUCCUCAUGCAGGACUAAGUUUAACGUCAA